AUGGACGAGCACCUCAGCCUGCUGCGCUCGCCGCCGCCGCCCUCCGCCCGCCACCGCGCCCACCCGCCGCAGCGCCCCGCGAGCGGCGGUGGCGGCGCCCACACCCUGGUGAACCCCGGCUACGCCGAGCCCGCCGCAGGCCCCGCGCUGCCGCCCGACAUGACGGUGGUGCCCGGGGACCACCUGCUGGAGCCGGAGGCGGCCGACGGCGGCGGGGGCCCGCCUCAGGGCGGCUGUGGCGGCGGCGGCUGCGACCGCGACCGCGACCGCUACGAGCCGCUGCCGCCCGCGCUGCCGGCCGCCGGCGAGCAGGACUGCUGCGGGGAGCGCGUGGUCAUCAACAUCUCGGGGCUGCGCUUCGAGACGCAGCUCAAGACCCUCUGCCAGUUCCCGGAGACGCUGCUGGGCGACCCCAAGCGGCGCAUGAGGUACUUCGACCCGCUCCGCAACGAGUACUUCUUCGACCGCAACCGGCCCAGCUUCGACGCCAUCCUCUACUACUACCAGUCGGGCGGCCGCAUCCGCCGGCCGGUCAACGUGCCCAUCGACAUCUUCUCCGAGGAGAUCCGCUUCUACCAGCUGGGCGAGGAGGCCAUGGAGAAGUUCCGCGAGGACGAGGGCUUCCUGCGGGAGGAGGAGCGGCCCCUGCCCCGCCGCGACUUCCAGCGCCAGGUGUGGCUGCUCUUCGAGUACCCGGAGAGCUCCGGGCCGGCUCGGGGCAUCGCCAUCGUGUCCGUGCUCGUCAUUCUCAUCUCCAUUGUCAUCUUCUGCCUGGAGACGCUUCCCGAGUUUCGCGACGAGAAGGACUACCCCGCCGCGUCGUCUCAGGAGCAGUUCGAGGCGGCCAGCAACAGCACGUCGGGGGCCCCCGCCGGAGCCUCCAGCUUCUCGGAUCCCUUCUUCGUGGUGGAGACCCUGUGCAUCAUCUGGUUCUCCUUUGAGCUGCUCGUGCGGUUCUUCGCUUGCCCCAGCAAAGCCACCUUCUCGCGAAAUAUCAUGAACCUGAUAGACAUCGUGGCCAUCAUCCCUUAUUUCAUCACUCUGGGCACCGAGCUGGCUGAGCGACAGGGCAAUGGACAGCAGGCCAUGUCCCUGGCCAUCCUGAGGGUCAUCCGGCUGGUGCGGGUCUUCCGCAUCUUCAAGCUCUCCCGGCACUCCAAGGGGCUGCAGAUCCUGGGCCAGACGCUGAAGGCUUCCAUGCGGGAGCUGGGGCUGCUUAUCUUCUUCCUCUUCAUUGGGGUCAUCCUUUUCUCCAGCGCGGUCUACUUUGCCGAGGCAGACGACCCCACUUCGGGUUUUAGCAGUAUCCCGGAUGCCUUCUGGUGGGCAGUGGUAACCAUGACAACAGUAGGUUACGGUGACAUGCACCCGGUGACCAUAGGGGGCAAGAUUGUGGGGUCGCUCUGUGCCAUCGCUGGUGUCUUGACCAUUGCUUUGCCAGUCCCCGUGAUUGUUUCCAACUUCAAUUACUUCUACCACCGGGAGACAGAAGGGGAAGAGCAAGCCCAGUACAUGCACGUGGGAAGUUGCCAGCACCUCUCCUCUUCGGCCGAGGAGCUCCGAAAAGCAAGGAGUAACUCCACUCUGAGUAAGUCGGAGUAUAUGGUGAUCGAAGAGGGGGGCAUGAACCAUAGCGCUUUCCCCCAGACCCCUUUCAAAACGGGCAAUUCCACUGCCACCUGCACCACGAACAAUAAUCCCAACUCCUGUGUCAACAUCAAAAAGAUAUUUACUGACGUUUAAUAUAUGCUCUAAGUGACAUGCUGUGUUCAGUAUUGUGUGGAACGUGCCCCCUUGGUCUGUGUAUGCCCUUGUUUUAUACAUUUCCAGACCAUUCAUCAAGGAAAGGACAUGAAGAAGUGGAAAGCACACUUCAUUUUCCCUCUCCCUACUGCUUCAUACUGAAACAGGUGUGUUUUGGAAGUGGGCUGCAUUCUCUCAGCUCUCCAUUUUUUUCUCCCCCCCUCCCUUCCCUAAUAUCGCAAAGAACAAACUUACUUUAAACUUCAUUUCUAGUACACACCCUCUUUAAAAAAA